AUGUCGUGCUACACUCGCCGUCCGCACCAAAACGCUUCCCCGAAGUCUCGACCGAUUCGUCAGAAGUUGCAGUUCACGUGCAGCGACGGAGAGGACGAGCCCAUCGAGGACGUCAACAACAGCACCGGGGGCGAGUCCGGCUUCACGGAGAUGGACUCCCCGAUGCCAGCCCGGAGCGACGCCUCGGACACGCGGCUGGAAGGCGGCAGCAGCCCCCUCAACCAGUCGGACGACGUGGAGCUGUGGGACGAGGAGGACUUGGGCUCUCCGGCGUCCCACCAGCGCUCCCCGAGCAGCGUGAUCUUCGCCAACUGUUCUCCGUCUCCUAAGAAGGCGUCGCGGCUGUACGCGGGGUCUCCGGAGCGGAGCUUUCUCCAGGAGGAGGACGGGGAAGGGUCCAGCUCCCCGAUCCCGGACUGUCCUGACACACCUCCCCACAAAACCUUCAGAAAACUCAGACUGUUCGACACACCACACACACCAAAGAGUUUACUGUCAAAGGCCCGGGGUUCUGGAACGGGAUCCUCCAGCAGGAGAGUUGCUCUCUUCAAGAAUGUAGAGUCCCCGCGAAAGUCUGUCACAGACAGCGGCAGGAAACGGCAGAUCCCCCUGGUGAACUUCAACCCCUUCACUCCUGACUCCAUCCUCAUUCAGUCUGCAACACAACAGAGAAACAACAGGAAGAGGGCGCACUGGAAUGACUCAUGUGGAGAAGACAUGGAGGCAAGUGAUGGGGAAGGAGAGGAUGAAGUCCUUCCACCAUCUAAGAGGGUCACCAUUAUGGAGAGCAACAUGAUGUCCCGCUACACCUCGGAGUUUCUUGAGCUGGAGAAAAUCGGCGCUGGGGAGUUUGGCGCUGUGUUUAAGUGUGUGAAAAGGCUUGAUGGCUGCAUCUAUGCUAUUAAGAGGUCGAAGAAACCCUUGGCAGGAUCAGUGGACGAGCAGAACGCUUUGCGAGAGGUGUAUGCCCAUGCUGUGCUUGGCCAACAUCCUCAUGUGGUGCGGUACUAUUCAGCCUGGGCUGAGGAUGACCACAUGCUCAUCCAGAAUGAGUACUGCAACGGCGGCACGCUGUCUGACGUCAUCACAGAAAACUACAGACAGCUCACGUAUUUGUCUGAGCUGCAGCUGAAGGAUCUGCUGCUGCAAGUCUCCCGUGGCCUCAAAUACAUCCACUCCAUGUCCCUGGUGCACAUGGACAUAAAACCCAGCAACAUCUUCAUUUCUCGAAAAUCCGUAGCGAGCUGUGAUGAAUCUGAUGAAGAUGAUGGAGUAACGACUAGUGUCAUCUACAAGAUUGGUGAUCUCGGUCAUGUGACGAGAGUGAACAACCCUCAGGUAGAAGAGGGAGACAGUAGAUAUUUGGCCAAUGAAGUCCUACAAGAGGACUACAGGAACUUAACAAAGGCAGACAUCUUUGCUUUGGCUCUCACCAUCAUAAGUGCCUCGGGGGCUGAGCCUCUACCCACUAACGGAGAAAAAUGGCAUGAAAUCAGACGAGGCAAACUGCCUUCCAUCCCACAAGUGCUUUCUCCUGAGUUCCUCAGCUUGCUCAAGCUGAUGAUCCACACUGACCCAAGCAGGCGGCCGUCGGCCUCGGACCUAAUAAAGCACCCGGUACUUUUGACGGCUGCCAGAAUGAGCGCAGACCAGCUCAGAGUUGAGCUCAACGCAGAGAAGUUCAAGAACGCGCUGCUUCAAAAAGAGCUGAAGAAAGCCCAGCUGGCCAGAGCAGCUGCUGAGGAGAAGGUUCUGUCCACCGAUAGGGUCCUGACCCGCUCCACAGUCCAGUCCAACCCCAAAACUUCAAGGCUCAUUGGAAAAAAGAUGAAUCGGUCGGUCAGCCUUACGAUCUACUGA